ACGAUCACGCACAAUGAUGAACUCUACCUUGCUUUCAGCCUUACUUCUCUGCAGCCUCAGCUGGAUCUCUGUCUCAGUUUCUGAGUCUCAGACUGUGGAGGUCCAGCCUGGUGAAGAGGUCACACUGCUGUGCUCCAUUUCCAGAAGUUCAACUCACACAUUCUGGUCCAGACUCGUUAACAGAGCCAAGAUCAGCUGUAUCGCUUCUGCAUACGGGUCUAACAUGAAUGCUUCAUUCUGUGAUGGCUUUCAAAAUGGAAACUUUGAAAUGAGAUCCAACAUCUCCACAGUUUUUCUUAAAAUCAAACAAGUGGAUUUAUCUGACUCUGGGAUGUAUUUCUGUGGAUUUUACAUUGAUGGACACACAGUGAUUAAUGUAAUACAUUUAAAUGUUCACGGCAAUGACGAAUCUCACGAUGUCGUCAAUGUUGAGUGUGAAGAAGAGUUUGACGGAAUAGCAAAGCUGAUGAGUGUGAUCCUGGGCGGUCUGACUGUUUUCCUCGUAAUGCUCAUCAUUGGUCUGAUUGUUAAAAGCAGGAAGCUUCAGACAGCUCAUAAUGAAGAGCACAAUCCACAAAACCAGAAUCUGGGCUCAGAUGACCUGAACUAUGCUGCGCCCAGUUUCCAUCCAAAAACAAAAAGAAACCGCAGGCCUGCAUCAGAGAGUGAGCUGGAGCCAAACGUGGUGUACGCUGCCACCAGAUAGACUCAGGAAACAACUGGAACUGCAGCUCAGAGUUGAACUGCUUUAGUGUGUUGGAGGAGUUCCCAUCACUUGUUACCAUAUGUGUUGCCAUCACCAAAAAUCUAUUUUUUUAAUAAACAUAUAUGCAUGUCAAAUUUGAAAUCUUUUUGGCUAGGCUGAGUUUUAAGUCUCAUCUAUCUCUUUAUUUUCUUCUGUCUGUCAGACAAAAUCUAGCUUAUUUUGUAAGCCUUGUCUGUCUGAGAACAAAAGAAUAUGAUUGGUGUUUG